AUGUUUGUCAUGAAUGAGAUUCAUCUUUUAGAGAGCAAGUCCAAUGUCUACCCCCUGUUGCUCAAGUGUAAGGCCUUGGCGAGGGUCAUUAAAGCCAAGAGGACCCCUGCCUGGCCGACCAUACCAACAAAAGAGCUCCCUGAAAAGCAGAUUUGCGACAAACUCAUUGAUUGCUAUCUGAAGACAACCGAGAACGUAUACAGGAUUCUGCAUCUCCCGUCCUUCAAGAGGGACUACGAAGAAUUAUGGGAACCCGGAGCCUAUCCUGACAUAGCGUUCAUCGUUCAGCUCAAGCUCAUAUUAGCCAUUGGCGCAAUGUCUUAUGAUGAUGACCUAUCCUUGCGCACCCCGGCUAUCCGCUGGGUGUACGAAGCAAUGACAUGGGCAGCAGAGCCCGAGUUCAAAGCCCGCCUAGGCAUUCAGUUUAUCCAAACUCAGAUACUACUGCUGCUAGCUCGGGAAGCUGUUGGUGUCUCCGGCGACUCAGUCUGGGUGACAGCAGGCGACGUUGUCAGGAGAGCUAUACACAUGGGCCUGCAUCGAGAUCCGCGUCAUCUGCCAAAGCGAUCACUCUUUGCAAAUGAGAUGCACAGAAGGCUUUGGAAUACCAUUCUUGAGAUGCUUCUGAGAAUGAGCCUAACAUCAGGGGGCCCUCCGCUCAUUCGCAUGGAAGACUUUGACACGGAGACUCCCGGCAACUUUGACGACGAGCAGCUCAUGAUCGAGGGCUCACUCGAAAAGCCCGAAAAUGAAUACACAGUCAUGUCCAUUGCGGUAGCUCUUCGAAAGACAUUUGCCGUUCGGCUAAUGGUGGUCGGAUUCGUCAACGACCUCUCCUCAUGUGGGACAUAUGAGAGAACACUGGAACUAGACGCUGAAUUACGGUCGGCUUACAAGACUCUCUGUCGGACUCUUGGAGGAUUUAAACCCCAGUCUGGAAGACCGAGCGGUCCUUCUCCGCUGGACUUGCGCUUCGUGGACUUCAUCAUGCAACGACACAUAUCAGCUCUCCACACGCCCUAUCUCAUCCCAGCCCUGCGCCAAGCAAAAUACGCCCUGUCCCGCAAACUCGCCGUCGAGGCCGUUCUCAAGACAUGGUCCGCAGUCUACCCUACUUCGUCAAUCAUGGCUCCCCAACUGCGCCAUAACGGCCCCAGCUUACCCCAGGACGACCUCCUCUCGCGCCUCGCCUGCUCCGGGCCGGGGUUCUACAGAGUCGCCUCGCUACAGGCCAGCUUGCUGGUCGCCGCCGAACUCGACAACCAACUCAGAGAGGAGCGAGGCCUCGUCCCCUCACCCUUCCGAGCGGACCUUCUCUCUGUGAUCCAAGAAUCCAGAGAGUGGUGCCUCCGCUCCAUCAAAGUUGGCGAGACGAAUGUCAAGGGCUACAUGGUCAAUUGCAUCAUAGUCGCCCACAUAGAGGGCCUAAUGAAGGGUCUUGAUGCCAAAGAAAUUCCUCCAUUGUUCCUCAAGGCCGCCGAAGACUCGGUAGAAGAGUGCCUUGCGAUAUUAGAAGAAAAAGCCGGUCAAAGUCAGGACGAAGCAGCGGAUCCCAGGGAUGAAUUGGAUGUGGGAAUACGUCCACAGAGCCCAGAUUGGGAUUUCUUGGUAUCAGAUGCCAUGUUUGCGUACAACGCCGGCAUGUCAGAACCCAUGACUUGGAUGUUCAGUGAAGCUGUGCGAUGA